GAGCCGCCAUCAUCAGGGCGCUCACCACCGAUUUCGAGGACUUCUAUCAACAAUGCGAUCCCGGAAACAUGCAGGGAGCAAUUCAAGCACUCCGUUUGCACGGGAAUGCCCUUAAGCGAGGUGUUCUCCAACACAUGCGUGUGAACCCAUCGAUGUUACCUACUGUGUUUUCACGUUUUGAGUCAGUUUCGCCUACACAGUUGGAAGAGCAUGGUUUUGAAAGCACGACUAUCCGGGAUGUUCUUACAGCUAAGGGGAAGAAUGCUGAUGGUUCCUGGCUAUGGUGCACAACUGAUGACACUGUUUAUGAUGCUGUCAAAUCUAUGACACAACACAAUGUUGGAGCUUUAGUGGUGGUGAGUCCCGAAGAAGAGAAGGCAAUUGCUAGAAUUGUUACUGAGAGAGGUAAUUGGUUGUCCAUGUUUGUUUUUGUUGGCUGUGAAAUGGUAUUAAAUGUGCUCAUGGGUGCAUGGAUAAAGCUAAACAUUUAUGUGAAAUCAUAAGAUAUUUUCCAAUUAGUUGGUAAAUUUCUCAAUUCUAUGGCUGCUCCAGUAGAUUCAAC